AUGAGCUCGCUCACUCCCGCGAUCGACGGCGCGGCGCCCGUCGGAUCAGGCGCGCACAGCCCUGCGAGCCCGGCGCAAGGCGGCGCGGCGGCGGCCGAGUGGACGCGGGGAGCGUGGCGGCGUGGCAUGGCGUCGUCGGCGGCGGCGAGCUCGGAGGAGGAGAAGCGCGUCGUGACGCUCUUCCCGGGCGAUGGCAUCGGCCCGGAAAUCGCUGUGGCCGUCAAGCAGGUGUUUGCAGCGGCGGGCGUGCCGGUGGAGUGGGAGGAGCAGGCGAUCGGCACGACUGUCGACCCGCGCACCAACAGCUUCGUGACCCUGGAGAGCCUGGAGUCGGUGCGGCGCAACGGCGUGGGGCUGAAGGGCCCCAUGACGACGCCCAUCGGCAAGGGCUUCCGGUCGCUCAACCUCACUCUGCGCAAGGAGCUGGGGCUGUUCGCGAACGUGCGGCCGUGCAAGAGCAUUCCCGGGUACCGCACGCGAUACGACGACGUAGACCUGGUUACCAUUCGCGAAAACACGGAGGGGGAGUACAGCGGGCUGGAGCACACGGUGGUGAAGGGCGUGGUAGAGUCGCUGAAGGUGAUCACGCGCGCGGGCAGCAUGCGCGUGGCGGAGUACGCCUUCAAGUACGCGCGCGAGCACAACCGGCAGCGCGUGACGGCCAUCCACAAGGCCAACAUCAUGAAGAAGUCAGACGGGCUCUUCCUGCAGUGUUGCAGGGAGGUGGCAGAGCAGUACCCGGACGUGCAGUACGAGGAGCUCAUUAUCGACAACGCCUGCAUGAUGCUGGUGCGGGAGCCACGGGACUUUGACGUGCUGGUGAUGCCCAACCUGUACGGCGACAUCGUGAGCGACCUGGCGGCGGGGCUCAUCGGCGGGCUGGGCCUGACGCCCUCGGGCAACAUCGGCCGCGACGGUCUCGCUCUCAUGGAGGCCGUGCACGGCACCGCGCCUGACAUCGCUGGCAAGAACCUGGCGAACCCAACGGCGCUGCUGCUGAGUGCGGUGAUGAUGCUGCGCCACAUGGGGCUGGGCGCACACGCCGACCGCAUCGACGCCGCCGUCAUGGCCACCAUCGAGGCCGGCCGCUUCCUCACGCGCGACCUCGGUGGCUCCUCGGGCACAUCCGACUUCACCAAGGCAGUUAUUGGCAACAUACAGUGA